UCAGAAUAUAAAGGAGCGUAAGUCCAUCAGACUCACAACUUCAUCAUGUCUGCAUCUGUGGUUCUCCUCUUGGUGGCUCUUAUGCUCUUCCUGCUCCUCUGUCAAACCCACAGGGCCAAAAACUUCCCUCCAGGCCCUCGACCCAUCCCCAUCUUUGGAAACCUGCUGCAGCUCAGUCUGGAGAGCCCCAUGGCAGAUCUGGAGAGGCUGGCCAAACGCUAUGGUAACGUGUACAGCCUUUUCAUUGGAUCCAGGCCUGUAGUGGUCAUCAAUGGGCUGCAGGCCUUGAAAGAAGCUCUGAUCAACAAAGCUGAUGACUUCUCUGGCAGACCACAAGACCAAAUGGUUAAUCAUGCUGUAGUAGUGAAAGCAAAUGCUCCCGGAGUGGUUCUAGCAGAUUAUAACCCUGCCUGGAGACAGCAACGACGCUUUGGUCUGAUGACCCUGAGAAACCUUGGUCUGGGGAAGCACUCAAUGGAGCAGAGAAUUCUGGGAGAGAUACAUCGCCUUACAAAGACAUUGGAGCAGAGUGUUGGUAAGACCAUGAACCCCAACAUGCUCUUUCACAAUGCAGCCUCUAGCAUCAUCUGCCAAGUUCUGUUUGCUCAGCAGUUCGACUAUGAAGAUGAGUUCUUGAAGUUUUUUGUCGGCCUUUGUCAUGCCACCUCCAAAAUAAUCAAUGGCCGCUGGAGUUUGAUUUAUGACUCUUUUCCCAUGGUGCGCAACCUGCCACUGCCCUUCCAGAAAGCUUUUAAGCUGUUCAGGAUUGCACAUGAAAAACGUAUGGAGAUGUUGGCUGAGAAAAAAAAGACUAGAGUUCCUGGUAAACCACGGCAUUUCAUAGACUGCUACCUGGAUGAACUGGAGAAGAGAGGAGAGGAUGCCUCGUCAUUUUCUGAAGACCAGCUUUGUGCAUUUAUUUUGGAUCUUCACUUUGCGGGGACAGAUGCCGUCUCCAACAUCCUGCUCAGUGCCUUCCUAUACCUAAUGAAUUAUCCAGAGAUACAGGAGCGUUGUCAGCAGGAAAUUGACAACAUUCUGGAUGGGAAAGAUGAGCCCAGUUUUGAAGACAGACACCAGAUGCCCUAUGUGCAGGCUGUUAUUCAUGAGAUCCAGAGAACGGCUGACACUGUUCCUCUCGCUGUUUUCCACUCCACCACCAACGACACAGAAUUAAUGGGAUACUCCAUCCCCAGGGGAACCAUCAUCAUCCCCAACCUGUCCUCUGUGCUGAGUGAGGAGGGACAAUGGAAAUACCCCAAUGAAUUCAACCCUGAAAACUUCCUCACUGACCAGGGAGAGUUUGUGAAGCCAGAGGCCUUCGUGCCUUUCUCUAUAGGUCCACGUACCUGUCUCGGAGAGGGUCUGGCUCGAAUGGAGCUUUAUCUCAUUAUGGUGUCACUGCUGAGGAGGUUCAAGUUCAUCUGGCCUGAGGAUGCAGGAAAGCCAGACUUCACACCUAUUUUUGGGAUAAGCCACACCCCCAAACCAUACCACAUGAAGGUCGAACUCAGAAAAACUAUCCCAAGACAGAGGUCAUCUUAAUCAUGAAAUUAGCUUAUUGAAACAUCAUUCAAAAUAUAGCUUUGCAGCAUUAAUCCCUUUUGGUUAAAGCAGACUAUCAAUAUUUUUAUAUGAACAAUGAAUCAAAUGACGAUAUGCAUUUGAAAGGGCUCACUUGUGAAGACAAACCCAUAGCUCCCCUCAGAAUAAGGAAUAAGAAAGAAGGAAUAUGAAAACAAUUUCCAUAAACUACACCGUGGCCUUUACUGAAAGCAACCAAGCUGCUUAUUGUAGUGUUGUGUACAGUUUGUUAAUCAUACGGUGGUAUUAUGUGUAUCAGAUGAAACUCUAAACUGUGAAUCCUAAGAUUUUCUACUUUUUUCUACUUACCCAAUAGACUUUCAGCCAUUUUAUGAUUAUCAUAAAACAUAUUUCUCAGUACUCCCUUGUUGCUAUUGUAAAAUUUCA